AUCUUUACCUCAUAUAUGUUAUAUUUUAAGAUUUGUGUGAAGCUCCAAACCGAGUCCUGGCUUGUUCGUCAAAAUAAAUUUGCAAGUACCCCUUAUGCCACCAGUGAUAACCAAUGGAUUUCUUAUGAAGAUAUGGACAGUAUGACAACAAAGGCAAACUUUGUUUUGGAAAACAAUCUUGGAGGUAUAAUGGUCUGGUCUCUUGAUAUCGAUGAUUUUACGGGAACAUGCUUUGGACAGAAGUUUCCUUUACUUACGGUCAUCAACAAUGUUCUCAAGAACAAUAAUAAGGCUCAAUAUGUCACAGAACUUCUUGAAGAAACGUGGAAUUACUCUAAAUCUCAGCAAAUGAACCAUUCUAGCUCUCUUUCAAGUGAAAAACUUUCAAGUCAUGAAGCAACAUGCACAAGAGAGGGUUUCUUUGUAUUACCUAAAGACUGCUCCAAGUUUUACCGUUGUACUCUGCUCCAAACAGGAAAAUUUUUGAUGCAUUCUUUUGAUUGCCCCCCAAAAACAGUUUUUGAUAGUCGGUAUAAUGUUUGUACGUGGAAGAAGAAUGUAAAUAUUCUAAAUUGUAGUUAAUGACAUCUUGCAUUUGAAAUCAAAAUUACAUUAUUUUUCCAUUCACUUAAAUAUAUAUUAAUCUACUAACAAUAAGCUUAAUAUUUCUUUUAAUCUUUAUUUCAACAAAAAAAUUAUUUUUAAGUUUUAAAUUUACAGAUAAUCCUUGAAUAAUGCACUUGUUUCUUUGUGUAGUGAUUACUUUUACCAUGAAAAUAUCUUGUCUAUACUUAUAGAAUAAACUCAUUUAGAUUAAUAGAUGUGUUCUAGUUAUGAUAACUCAGUACCACUUAUAAAUACUAUAUCUUCAAAACAAAAUACCACUGUACACUUAUCUGUCACAUCUGUUACUUGUAUUUCUUCACCAAAGUGCAAUCAUUUUUGUUUCUGCUUAUUUACAACAUAUAUUUCACAUGACAAAUUUUCCAAUAUUAAAUUAGACUAUUUUCAUAACUGAAUUUGCAUGACAAUGAAAAUAUAAUCAAACAUACACAGGUAUUUCUCUUGCUAUUCAUCAUUAUUUAUCUAUCAAUAGUUACAAACUUUUGC